AUGGCGUGCGUGUCGGAUCAUAUGAUGUCUGCUACGCCUGCUAUUGCGGAAGAGCUGAGCGAGGCUGAAGCCUCCCCGUCGCGGCUAUCCCCGAACCUUCCCGUCAAGGAAGCUCGCCAGCGCCGCCAGGAGUUUCACCAAUGGCUAUCCAGCAAGGCGCGAGCCUCGCAACAACGCAAGAGCCGGCACGACACGGGCAGCGAUACCCCCAGCAGCGACAAUUCCGGCAAGGACAGUUUCUUCAGUGACAGUCCCAGCAGCAUCAGCAGCAGGAGCAGCCGAACAAGCCGUAGCAGCACCAGCACAAUGACCACCAGCACCAGCAGCGGCGGCUCUGGAAGCUCGGCGGGUCUGCCUACAGUUAUCAGUGAGUCGGAAAGCGACUAUCAGGCGGUCGACGCGGGUGGCGUGGGCGAGAGUGGCGACAUCCAUGCGACGACGGACGACGAUGACGUGGUGGCGACGGAGCAGCAGCAGGAGGAGAUGGCUCGUCGCCUGGAGCAGCGGCUCAUGUCGGCCGAGAAGAAACGUCUGGAGCGUGAGGGCAGCAAGCGGGAGCAGCAGGUCAAGUCCGCACAGCUCCGCCGCCAGGUGCGCGCAGCGGCGCAGCAGCGGCUCGAGGCCUGGGUUGCGGGCGUGGCGCAGCAACGCGAGGAGCGCGCGGAGAAGGCGCAGAGCAACCGCGCGGCCAUCCUCACGGCGGGGCAGAAGAAGCGCGCGCAGCACUUGGCGCUCGUUUCCACGCGCACUGCGCAACGCGCUCGUCAGGAACAAAUUGAACAGGAGCGUGCAGCACAGCUCCUCCAGGCGCUCUCGGACCGCAUCGCCGCCGCGUCGUCGAAGCGCGACGCGCGCCUGUUGGCGGAGCGACAGCGCGCGGCGGCGCAGUGGGAGCAGGCGCGGCAGGUGGCGGCGACCGUUGUGGAGCAGCGGCAGCGCGAGAACCGCGAGCGGCGGGAGCGGCUGGAGCGGAAGGUGGCCAAGGCGCGCGGAAGGCGCGCGGAGAUGCUGCGGCGGAAGGGCGGCGGGCGCAGGAGCGCACUGUACAACCAGACGCUGUGCCGCCGCGUGCAGUGGCAGCUGCUCUCGCGCCGCCUCCUGCGCUGCUGGCGCCAGUUCAAGGGCGCCAACAAGACCACACUCGAGCUCGCGCGCGCCUUCUGCGCUUGCCAAGUCAGCCGCGCGCGCCUCUCCCGCCUGCCCUUCCCCCUCGUGGCCGCGCGCAUCCAGUCCCCCGCGUCCCUUUCCGCCACCGACGCGCUCCUGCAGCGCCUGCACGCGCGCCUGCUCGUGUCCUCCGCCGUCGCUUCCGCCUCCACCGCCGUUUCCCCUGCGCCCUCCCCCGCCACCACCCCGUCGUCUUCCCCGGCCGCGUCCCCGCAGAAGCAACCAGGCGCAGGCGGGAAUACGGCGGGCGCAGCGGGCGUGUGCGAUAUCGACCACCUGUUAGCGCAAGUGGCGCCUCCCCCGGGCAAGCCCAAGCCCGCAUCAGCAACAGGGGCGAGCAGCGCAGGUACAUCCUCCGUGGGCGGCGGAGAGGGCGCGCGGAAGGGGCGGUACCCGCCGCGCGUGUUCCUGUGCGCGUACAUGAUCGUGCUGCACCCGGAAGCCGUGCUCUCGAGCCUCACGGGCGAGCGCGAGGCCGCCCUGCGUGUGGCUGCUGCCGCCCUCGUGAAGGCGUUUGAAGGGCUCGCUCGCUUCCUGCUCACCCGACCCAACCCCUCUGCUGCUGCUCCUGCUUCUGCCACUGCUUCUGCCUCUGCUGCGUCUACCGUGUCUGACUCUCCAGCCGCUGCUCCUGCUGCUACCGCUGCUGCUGGUAUUACUGCCGCCGCUGCUAGUGGAGGCAGGAAGGCGGCGGCAGCGAAGCCGUUUUCGCAGCACCUAGUGGAGUUUGACGCGGCGUGGGUGGAUUACCUCGAGAGAUUCGUUGCCUGGAAGGCGCGCGACAAGGAGCGCAUGGAGGCGGACAUGGUGAGCAUGGCGUGCCAGAUGCACGCCAGCAUGCUGCGCCGUACUGCCCACCUCCCCGACGAGCGCAUCUCGGAGGACCUCAGGGCCAUCCGCGAGCAGGUGGCGAAGGACAUUCCCAUGCUGCGCAGCAAGCUGAGAGGACUAGCUGGAGAAUCAGGAGUGGCGCGAAUGGACGAGGCCCUCGCCCGCACCCAACGAGAAUUCCUUGCUGGCACCCUCCCCGGAUCCCCCUCCGCCUCCCCUUCCCCCUCCCCCUCGCCUUCGCCUUCCCCCUCGCCUUCCCCGUCACCCUCCCCCUCCCCCGCUGUCUCCGCCACUCCUUCCCCUGCCUGCUCCCCGUUCACCCUCUCACGUGCCUUGCCGAGUACCUCUUCUCCCACCCACUUCUCCCUCUCCUCCUCCCCCACCAACCCAAGCCCUCUCUCUACCACUUCCACUCCCACUCUCACUGCCACUGCUAAUCCACCCUCUGGUGCACCAGCAGCCACCAGCUCUGCUGCUACCGCUGCUCCCUCCAGAGCCCCCAAGGCCCGUCGCUCCCUCUUCCAGUUCUCCUUCCCGCCCGCCAAACCAGCGCUGGCUGCAGGCUCGGACGACGCAUCCAAGGCUGCGAGGGAGGUUCGGGGGGCGCUGCAGGGGGCAACGGCAGGGCUGGGGGGGAGCCCCAUGCGGGCAGGGGCGUUCUUCGUGCCUCUGGAUGCUCAACCCUCAGGCUCCUCCGUCCCCACUGGUCCCACUUCUACUCCUCAUGCUGCUCCUGCUCCUGCUCCUGCUCCUGCUUCCUCUGCUGCUGCAAGCCCUUCAGUGGUGGCCCUGCCCGUGGGUCCCUCUCCACCCCCCCCUGAGCUGCUACAGCUGCACCUCAGCCUUUACCGUAGCUCCACCCUUGCUGCUGCUGCUGCUGCCUCUACUGCUGGUGGAGAACUGGCAGCACAAGGAGGGGGAGACCUGGAGGCGAGGAUGAAGGCGGCCAUGCACCGCGCCUUCUGGGAUGCCACUCUCGCCUCGCUGCUUGCCUCGCCACCCGACACGGCAGCAGCGGCGCGCCUGGUGGGCGAGUUGCGGGAGGAGCUGCUGCGUGUUGCACCCAGGCAGUGGCAUGACGAGGUCACAGCCAACCUGACACUGGAUGAGGCUGACCUUGAGAAGAUGCUCACACAGGGGACGCCUGACGCAUUCCACAGUCUACAAUCGCUGCUCGCCUAUGCCACGGACCUCACUCUGCGCCUGGGUGCGCCCUUCCGGGAUGAUGCCACGCGUGCCGCCCUGGCACGGCUCAAUGACGAGCUGGGUGCGCUGGUGGCGACAGGUGGCGCGCGCUCAAUGGCAGAGGCGGUGGUGAAAGGGCUCAAGUUUGCCUUUGAGCGGCUGGAGGAGCUCAAGGCGGACAUAGCGGCAGCACGAGCGCGCCUCACGCCCCUCACCACCACCGCUGCCACUCUCCAAGCUGCCCUCGCGAAACGUUUCGACCUGCCCGCCUACCCCACCCCUGCUGCCCUCACUGCCUCCUCGUCCUCUCCUGCUCUCUGCCUCUCAACCAUCAAGGAGAAACUGCCAUGCACUUUCUCCUGGGUUGCCAGCUCUCUCAGCCAAUCCAUCCCCUCGGCACGAGCCGAGCUCCAACCGUACCUCGCCACGUCAGCAUCCACUUCCAGCUCAGCAGCAUCGUCAGCAGCUGCCACCCUCCCCUCUGCAUCCGCCCUCCGCACCGGCCAACGUACUUUGUCUUCUUCUGGCACAAGCACGAGCGGCACCGGGAAUGGCCGCAUCGACUGGGCGGCAGCGGCGUGUGUGGUGCGCGUGGGGCUGGUGGAGGUGGUGACGUCAGCAGAGGGUGCGGAGUGCAGCACGGUGGCGGAGGCACUGUGGCUGGACGUGGGCAAGCUGAGGCACGCCCAGAACGAGUUCCAGUGCGUCGUUGUGGUGGCCAUUGGUCUGCUGCUACUGCGUCAGCUGCUAGCAGCGCGUGCCAUCCUGCCAUCACCAGCAGUGGAGGCCGUGGUAGCCGCCACGCGCACCACCCUCGCCCGCCUCGUCUCCUCCCCCGACGCCUCCCGUGCUGCCCUCGCCUCGGCCCUCGCCGACGCGGUAAUCGCUGCAGCCAACACCAAGACAGCCCCAGCAGCAGGAGCUGAUGCUGCCGCUGCCUCCCCGGACAGGGCAGGCAUUGAGGCGCUGGCGUCCAGCCUGCUGCUGCGAGCGCUGAACCCCACCGACGCCAUCUUCCUCCGUGUGCGCGCCUCUGUUGCCGCCGCCCUGCGCGCCCUGCUGCUGCUGCGCCCUGUCAGCCAAUCGCAAGCUCUGCUGGCCGCCCAGGCUGCACUCAGGAAGGCUGCCGCUGGGGAUCUGCUGAGUGGGAGUGAGGAGGGGGUGGGGGAGGGGAGGGGUGAUGGAGGAGAGGGAGUGGGGGUGACGACGGUGGUGAGGCUGGUGGAGGAGAUGGCUGAUGUUGUGCUGACCGUGCAUGAGCCGCUGGUGCGCGUGGCCAUGGCUGAUGCCACCGAGGAAUGA